CGAGAUGGUACCGCGGUGCCAGAUUGAAGUGUUGUAUUUUGCAAAAAGUGCUGAAAUAGCAGGAGUUCAUUCAGAGACCAUUUCUGUGCCACAAGAAAUAAAAGCAUUGCAGCUGUGGAAAGAGAUAGAAGCUCGACAUCCUGGAUUGGCUCAUGUUAGAAAUCAGGUAAUAUUUGCUGUUCGUCAAGAGUAUGUCGAGCUUGGAGAUCAGCAACUCCUGCUUCAGUCAGGAGAUGAAGUUGCCAUUAUCCCUCCAAUCAGUGGAGGCUAGUGCUUCGGAGUCCCCUAGGAGAGAUAUGAAUGAGGUUGAAGAGAAACCUAAAGAUAUAAUAAAAUUCACAGCUGAGAAACUUUCAGUAGAUGAAAUCUCACAGUUGGUGAUAUCGCCACUUUGUGGUGCAGUAUCCCUAUUCAUAGGGACUACAAGAAAUAACUUUGAAGGCAAAAAAGUCAUUAGUUUAGAAUAUGAAGCAUAUGUACCGAUGGCAGAAAAUGAAAUCAGAAAGAUUUGUAGUGACAUUAGACAGAAAUGGCCAAUCAAACACAUAGCAGUGUUCCAUCGACUUGGCUUGGUCCCAGUGUCAGAAGCAAGCACAAUUAUUGCUGUGUCCUCACCGCACAGGGCAGCAUCCCUUGAAGCUGUGAGCUUUGCCAUUGAUUCUUUAAAAGCCAAGGUGCCCAUAUGGAAAAAGCAGAGACAUGCCUAGACUGUGUUCCAGAGCUCACUGAUCUGGGGCCCUUGGAUCUUCCUGGACCCUUCAAUUACAGCAUUUUGUGCAUCUGAUUUUGAAGUGGACCUGAAACUCACAUAAAUGAAAUCAUCACUUGUCUUCCUAUAAAGAUAUGCCAAUGUAUUGUUCGGCUUCCAAAUAUUCUUCAAAAAAAUUAUCCAAAUUCUGGUUUCAAAUAUGGAAUAACUUCACAGACACAAGUAAAGUUGGCCUCUGCUAUUGCUCAUAGAAAACCAAGAAAAAUAUCCAAUGGAUUCAUGAAAAUGAAAAUUCAAAUUUUCAGGUAACAUAUUUAAGGACUGCUUUCAAGAAAAAAAAGACUUUAGCAGGGAGAUUUACAUACUGCCUGAACACUACGUUUUUCUAAAGUGAGCUUGGAAAACAAUCUAUGGUGCUUUCUCCCUAGGCUAAGUUCACUGUAGUUCAAAUAUGAGGCCUGAAUUUCU